AGACACAAAGGAAAAUGUAAAAUGUAAUUAAGGAAGAAAACUCUAUCCCCAGCCGGAGUUGUCAUCGAGACCCUGCACCUCCAAAACCCAGAUAAAUAAGAGAAGUCCAUAGUCCAACGCCGCCGACGCCACCACCACCAGAACAUGGACCACCCACCGCCAUCAUCCCACUCCAAGAGCUGGAGCAUACACACCCGACCCGAAAUCAUCGCCAAGUACGAAAUCCAAGAGCGAGUUGGCUCCGGCGCUUACUCCGACGUAUACAAGGCCCGCCGCCUCUCUGACAACCUCAUCGUUGCCCUUAAAGAAAUCCACGACUACCAGUCCGCCUUCCGCGAAAUCGAGGCGUUACAAAUCCUCCAAAACUGCCCCAACAUCAUUAUUAUGCACGAGUACUUUUGGCGGGAGGAUGAGGACGCCGUGUUGGUGUUGGAGUUCUUGAGGACGGAUUUGGCGGCGGUGAUUAAGGAGGGGAAGAAGAAUGGAGGGGCUGGGGUUAGUGUUGGGGAGGUGAAGAGGUGGAUGGUGCAGAUAUUAUGUGGAGUGGACGCUUGCCACAGAAAUAUGAUCGUGCAUCGGGAUUUGAAACCGGGUAAUUUGUUGAUUUCUGAUGAUGGGUUUCUCAAGUUGGCUGAUUUUGGCCAGGCAAGGAUGCUCAUGGAGCCUGAGUUUGUUGCUACUGAUGAGAACCCUCAGCCAUAUGGACAGAACCCUGUAGACCAGGAACAAGUUGUUCAACCAACUGUGACUGUUCCUCAGAUGGAUAACUGUUCCCAAGAAGCACAGGGAAACCAGGAUCAAGGUGUCACAAGGAGAGAUGAAUCAUUUAGAGAGAUCAGUGAAUUCAAGGCUCAUGAUUACUUGGAGGAAACAAGUAUUCAGGAUGGGGAUACAUCUUGUCUUGCAACAGGCACAGCAAGCGAUAUAGGAGAUGAUAUUUUGAAGGGUUCUUAUUAUUAUGAGGUUGAGGAAGGUGGGGGUGAUAGGCAUGGCUUACUCACUUCAUGUGUUGGAACUCGCUGGUUCAGGGCUCCUGAACUGCUCUAUGGGUCCACAGACUAUGGACUGGAGGUUGACCUGUGGUCACUGGGCUGCAUUUUUGCUGAGCUUUUAACCCUUGAGCCCCUUUUCCCAGGGACAUCCGAUAUAGAUCAACUCGGCAGAAUUAUUAAUGUUUUGGGCAAUUUAACGGAGGAAGUGUGGCCAGGCUGUUUAAAACUUCCUGAUUAUGGAACAAUUUCUUUUGCUAAGAUUGAAAAGCCCAUUAGUUUAGAAGCCUGUCUCCCCAAUCGUUCCCUAGAUGAAAUCUCUCUAGUCAAGAAGCUGGUUUGUUAUGACCCAGCUAACAGAGCUACAGCAAUGGAACUGCUUCAUGAUGAGUACUUCGGCAAGGAGCCUCUACCAGUUCCCAUAUCUGAGCUUCAUGUACCUUUGACGAAUGGUGGGCAAGAUGAGGAUUUUCCUGGUGGAUGGUAUGACUACAAUGAUAGGGAAUCAGAUUCUGAUUUUGAUGACUUUGGCCCUAUGAAUGUCACAACCACCAGUACUGGUUUUUCCCUACAGUUUUCCUGAGCUCAAAAAUGGUGAGGUCUGCUUUCUGUAUCUUCUGGAAUUUUAUAAUUUAAUUAUAAAAUUUAUUGUUGUCCUAAAAUCCUUUGGACAUCAUGUGUUCCUGUCAAAGUAAUACCCCAAACAAAAAAGGACUCAUUCUUGUUAAAUCUGUUUCAAAAGCCUGUAUGGUAAUAUCUGAUAUGUGAUUAUUGAAUAAUGGAAAUGGCAUGAAUGAUUUGCC